CAUAGUGUGCAGGUUUGAGCUCUUGCUCAGAUUCAGACAGAAAAAACAGAAAUCCCGUUUUAGAAAUAAAGAAAAACAAAAUUUCCAUAGAGGGAAAAAAAGCGGGCAAUUUUGCAAAAACGUUCCAAAUUCUUUAGUUUUUUUCAUUUAUCCCUCCAAAACAUCAAAAAACAGUCAAUCAACCCUCUUUCUCCAGUUUCAGAGCUCUAUUCAAAAAUCAAACUCUUCUUCGUUGCCUCAUUCACUCACACGCGCCACCAGCAAAUCGCCGAUUCCACCGUGAUUUCAAGAAAUCAUUUCAUUUUUCCGUUUCUUAGGAAAAAAUUACUGAAAUGGCGGCGGUUUGUGUAGAGGAGAACAUACCUGAGAAGAACCAGAGUCCGAAAACUUGUAAAAUCGAGAGACGAGCGAGUGCGAGGAUACAGGCAUCGUCUAAACAGAGAGCGGAGAAACAAGAGCUGGUUCGAAAGCGAUUCGAGUUACUAGACGAGACAUUGGAGAGCCUCAGAAAAAGAAAAGCUAGUGUUUAUCGUAAUAGAAGAGUAAAUAUUCCAAAUGCAGAUGAAAAUGAAGCUGUUAUGGUCGAUAAACAAGUUAAUGAUGUUACUAAAGUGAUUACAACGGAAGCUGAGACCGUUAACGGUAAUGUUGAACCUGCGGCUGUUGUAGCAGUGACUGAUGGUGAUGGCGGUGGCGCUGUGGCGGAGAAAAGUGUGUACGCUAGGGUUAAAGAAACCCUAAGGUUAUUUAACAAGCAUUAUUUACAUUUUGUUCAGCAAGAGGAGACAAGGUGUAGGAAAGAAGAAGUGGAUAAGAAGAAGGAUUCGAAAAACUCCAAAUCGAAGAAAGUGAAUGCUGAUGAUGUGGACACUAAGAUUAAAAACAAAGCCAAGCGUCCGGAUUUAAAAGCAAUUUCUAAGAUGAUUGAAUCUAACACUGUGAUGUACCGUGAGAAAAGAAUUGGCAACCUUCCAGGUAUUGAUGUUGGGCGUCAGUUCUAUUCACGAGCUGAGAUGGUUGCAAUUGGUUUCCAUAGCCACUGGCUGAACGGGAUUGACUUUAUGGGCUUGUCCUAUAGUAAGAAAUACAAAGAAUAUACAUUCCCUCUUGCGGUGGCAAUUGUUAUAUCAGGAAUGUAUGAGGAUGACUUGGAUAAUGCAGAGGAUGUUAUCUAUACUGGUCAAGGUGGUCAUGAUUUGACAGGAAAUAAGCGUCAAAUAAGUGACCAGGUUUUGGCUCGUGGUAAUUUGGCCCUCAAGAACUGUGUGGAGCAAAGUGUGCCUGUACGUGUUGUUCGUGGCCAUGAAUCUGCCAGCAGCUACAGCGGCAAGGUUUACACUUAUGAUGGGUUGUACAAGGUUGUUCAAUACUGGGCGGAGAAAGGCAUAUCUGGCUUUACUGUGUUUAAAUUUCGCCUGAGGAGGCUCGCAGAGCAGCCAACAUUGACCACUAACCAGGUUCAGUUUGUUUAUGGGCGUGUACCUCAAUCGAUUUCAGAAAUUAGAGGAUUGGUCUGCGAGGACAUUAGUGGAGGUCUAGAAGAUGUUCCGAUCCCAGCUACAAAUUUGGUUGAUGAUCCACCUGUUCCACCAACAGGUCUUACAUAUCGCAAGAAUCUUCUAGUUUCAAAAAAUAUUAAUCUUCCUACCAAUGCUGCUGGAUGUAACUGCAAAGGAGCGUGCAUAGAUCCUCGAACAUGUGCUUGCGCCAAGCUGAAUGGCUCUGAUUUUCCUUAUGUGCAUCGAGAUGGUGGCAGGCUAAUUGAAGCAAAGGGUAUUGUUUUUGAGUGCGGUCCAAAUUGUGGUUGCGGACCUCAUUGUGUCAACCGUACGUCUCAAAGAGGCCCCAAGUACCGUUUUGAGGUUUACCGUACCCCCAAGAAAGGGUGGGCUGUGAGAUCGUGGGAUUUCAUACCAUCUGGGGCUCCAAUAUGCGAGUAUAUAGGCAUGCUGAAGAGAACGGAGGAAAUGGACAGCGUCAUUGAGAAUUGUUUUAUUUUUGAUAUCGACUGUUUGCAGACUAUGAAGGGACUUGGCGGAAGAGAGAGGCGGUUAAGAGACGUUUCGGUGCCAACAUCUAACAACAUGGAUAGACCUGAGGAUCAGAAAUCUGAAAGUGGACCAGAAUUCUGCAUUGAUGCAGGUUCCACUGGAAAUUUUGCCAGGUUCAUCAACCAUAGCUGCGAGCCUAAUUUGUUCGUUCAAUGUGUGAGCUCACACCAGGAUCUUAAACUUGCUCGGGUAAUGCUAUUUGCGGCUGACAACAUACCUCCUUUGCAGGAACUCACUUACGACUAUGGUUACGCCCUUGAUAGCGUGUCUGGCCCGGAUGGAAAAAUUAUACAGAUGGCUUGUUACUGUGGUGCAGCAGGGUGUAGAAAGCGGUUAUUCUAGUUUCUGCUAUUCAAGUUAGCACUGGGCGACAUGCGGAAAGCUAAAAGCAGUAGUAGGUAUGUUGGUAGUUGCAGUUGUACAUCUUUUUUACUUUCUGCAAUCAUAUACUCUUUUUGUGCCCCCCAUUCCCAGAUGCCAUUUUUUGCUAGGGGUUGGUUCAUAUACUUAUAUUAAAUCUGAGUCAAACUGAAAUGCUAAUAUUUAUCUGAAACAAUGAGAAGAAAAAAGAAGGAAAAGCUAUUUUGUAUAUGAUUUUUGUUGGAAGCUGUAGAGCUAGACUUCAUUUUACAACUAAUAUAUUCAAUUUGUGAUUCAAAA